AUGAACACAACAGACAACCCAUACUCCAUCUUGGGUGUCUCCCAAGAUGCAGACGAUGGCACAAUAAAAAAAGCUUAUCGACAAGCUGCAAAGUUGCAUCAUCCAGACAAGCAAACCAGUGAGGAAGAUCGCAAACUUGCGACACAUAGGUUUGCAAAGAUUGCUGAUGCUUACGCCCUGUUGAAUGACCCUGUCAGACGUUAUGACUGGAGGCAAGCCAAUGAAAACACAAGUCGCGCUUCAACAUCUCAAAGAUCAUCAGUGCCAAAACCAACAUCAGUGCCAAAAACGACCUCACCUUCCUCUCAAAGGCAAGCCAAUAAAAACACAAGUCGCGCUUCAGCGCCUCAAAGAUCACAAGAACCAAAACGAAACUCAAUGUCAAAAACGUCCACACCUUCUCCCCAGGUCAAGAGAAGUGGAUCAUUUCUAAAGCUUCCACGGCACACUUCUGCUUCAACUUCUCCCCAGGUCAAGAGAAGCUCAUCCUUUCAAAGUAUUCCACCACGACACAGCUCUCGCUCAUCUUUCCCCAAGCUCAAGCGAAAUUCAUCGUUUCAAAGUAUUCCACGACACAGCUCUCACUCAUCUGCAUCUGAUGGUUCAUCUGCAUCUGCUUCAUCUGCGUAUUCUCGACCAUCUGUAUAUUCUGGAUCUACCGCAAGCUCUUCAACAACAGGAAGAAGAAAGUCCAGAGUAAGUGCUACUGAGUUCACCACCUCUCCUUCCAUGCAACCAAGCAAAGGACGAAGAGCACCGACCAAUCUUCCUCAACGAGAGACUUCUCAAAAAUCGAUCCCAAGACGUACCACAAGUGCUGGAUCAGACAUGGGCAGAAUGAGAACGAGUGUCAAUGAACCGGCCAUUCGUCCUCCUGCGAAGCCAAAGCGAGCAUCAUCCAACGUAGGUCGCAAUAUUUCACCGGUCCGCUCUAGUAGUAUGGCAAGCAAGAAGUCAAAUGCUCCAUCUAAUGAAAAAGGAAGAAAGAAAAGCAGAGCUCCACUCGGCGAAACUGGAGCUACCCCAAUAAACAAGGGACGCCGACUUCGUCGAGCAAUAUAG